AUCAUUUGAUUGUGAGCUUACCUAAUGAAUAUCAUUUGUAUUGAAACUGAUAUAAGAUGAUAUCAAGUUAUAUAUAUUUGCUUUUGUAAUCCUCACUCAACGUAUUCCAAUAGGGACAGCAAUUUCCCUCAUUACAUAUAUUCAAAUGUAACGAUUAUGUCUUAAUUUAGAUCUUAAAAUAAAGACUUCAUUAUGACAUUUUCUUCAAAGCUAACGGAUGAAGAAGAAUUUUUAAAGAAAAAAUAUACUGUACUACGUAAGAAGAAGAAAGAGUUACAGCAGCUUCGUAUGAAGCGCAAACAACAGGAAAAUGAAGCUGCAGAAAAUGGCCCAACAAAGGCUAAACAGAAAAAGGGGCUUAUGAAGUCUACAUCAGACUCAAUAUUGAAGUGUAAUAUUCCAGAGCGAAAAGACGCUGUUGCUAAUAUCAAAAACGUUUCUUUAAACGCUGCAGCUAAUACUGAAGCUGCUAAAAAACUUAUUAAAUCGGGUGCAAUACAGGUCAAAGUUAAAACAAAAACUACCUUUAAACGCUCGUUAUCCAAGAAAAAACGAGACGAAGUGAUGAAAAAACCUGUUUUUCAGCCAUUCAGUCCUUGCAGUGGAACGGGCAGUUCAUCAGACCAAGGUGAUGAUAUGUCACUAAAAGAUCAGUCUAACGCUAUUGAGAGCAAUAACAAUCAACCAAAAAAAAUUGUGCAAAAUCGCAAAGAAAGCCCCAAAAAAGUAAAAAGGGAACGUAAAUUUGAGAGACAUGCACCAAGAAAAGGGAACACAAUUUAUAUUCAUGGUUGUGAUUUAACAGAAAAACUGCUUGAAAGUCAUUUCCAAGGUUUUGGAAAAAUUAUUAAAAUAGACAUUGAACAAAAUGCACGGAGUGCUUUCAUAACGUACAACUCCCUAGAAGCAGCGGAUGUUGCCAUUGAUAAAAUGAAUGAUGCGAUGGUUGAAGGAACAAGAUUGAAAGUAUCUCUUGCCAGGCGACAAAAAAUGCUGGAAUCUGCAAUGUCUUCAUCGUUAUGGGCUCCUUUAGUCGUUGCCCAAAGUGAUAAAGGUCCUACAAAUCGCAGAGAAAAAAGAGCGCUCGUAGUUUAUGAUGAUGAUGAUAUGUUUUCAAGCUAAGAUUUUCUAUGGCUUAUAGCAGGGGUGUGCAACCUGUGCCCCACAAGGAAAAAUUGUGCAGCCUGCGGAGACGUGCCGAUUUUGAAGUGUGUGCAGCCUGGGAAAUGAGUUUUUAAUUUAGUUUAAUCUGGUACCUGUGGGUAAUUCCAAUACGAUACAAUGCAAAGCGAACAACGCUUGUCAUAAAGAUUAAUAACCAAAAAUUUUGUGCUUGCAACUACUUUAAAGCUUAAGAUAAAUAAAGGUGUGGCCCACGGUUUCCCCUCCGUCAUUCGAAUGUGGCCCUCCUGUAUUAAAGGUUGCACACCCCUGGCCUAUAUAGUAUUACUAGACAUUACACCGAUACCAAAUAUCUGGUCCUUUAUUUCACGCCUCGUUUGGAUCGUAUAUUUGAAAUUCACAAAAAUGUUCUUUCUAAAAAUCUGUGUUGUAUGGGCUAUUUUUUUAUAAUCAAAGAUUUUUAAGUUGAGCAUGGAUGUCCAUGUUUAUCAAUUUUUUUAACACUUGCAACUGCCAUAUAUUAUAUUUAUUAUUACUGAAAUUCCUAUUACCUUUUGACUUUUUUUUUUUUACAACAUCCUCCUGGCCAGAAUCGUUCUACUCCUUGAGUCAGAAUAUAUUGUCCAAGUUUUGGAGCAGGCUCUAGUUAAGAUUGAAUGAUGUAGUCAUGAAUGAGUCUCCCAUGUUUAUCUUUUGAAAUUUUGAUAGAAAUGACACACUAUUAUUAAUAAGCUAUUUAUUAUAGCUUAAGAAAUUUUAAUUUAAUUUUACUCCUGUUGGCACUGUCCGUUUUUUCGUUUUUUGUUAGUGUUGAAAUCAAUAAAAAUAUAAAUGCAAUAAAAGUUUUUGAUUUUCGACUAAGA